CGCUUGUACUCUCAAUCCCGCGCGGAUCGAGCGAAGCCUACCGAGGAGGUGGUGUGACCGACCGCGGGGUUUUAACCCAAAACCAGAAGAUAAUAACUUAGUAUUAUUUGCCACUGACAUAAACGCAUUGUCAAGUGUGUCGGCAAGCAACCCUCGGCUGGAAGAAUUCGGGUCUCUGACUUGGCUUUUGGAGAUAACGUUAUUCAACUUGGCCAUGUUGAAGCCACAGCAGCCCAGCUCAAGUGGGCGAAAAACAUCAAAUGGGACCUCUGGGUCGAGUACUAUGUCUUCCGCAGCAAGUGGGAUCAACACUAGCAACAGAACAACGGUCGGGAGGACUCGGUCGGUGAAACCUCCUUUCCAGUCUCCUCCUGUAUUUGAGGGAGUAUAUAACAAUGCCAGAAUGCUACACUUCCUGACUGCUGUAGUGGGCUCCACCUGCGACGUGCGAGUGAAGAACGGCACUGUGUAUGAGGGAAUCUUCAAGACACUCAGCUCACGGUGUGAGCUGGCCGUGGACGCGGUGCACAGGCGUGGCGAGGGCGAGAGCCCUACAGCGCCCCCUAGGAGAGAGGAGAUCACCGACACCAUGAUCUUUAGCCCAAACGACCUCGUCACCAUGACCUGCAGAGACGUGGACCUCAAUUACGCCACCAGAGACACGUUCACAGACACAGCCAUCAGCUCAGGCCGAGUGAAUGGCGAGCACAAAGAGAAGGUCCUGCAGAGAUGGGAAGGCGGAGACAGCAAUGGAGAGAGCUACGACCUGGAGACAGACGCCUCCAAUGGGUGGGAUGCUAACGAGAUGUUCCGCUACAAUGAAGAGAAUUACGGAGUGAAGUCCACAUAUGACGCCAGUUUGUCUAUGUACACUGUUCCUCUGGAGCGAGGGAACUCUGAUAACUUCCGUGCGCGUGAGGCGCGGGCGGCGCGGCUGGCCAGCGAGAUCGAGUCCAGUCCUCAGUAUCGCCACCGCGUGGCGCUGGAGAACGAUGACGGCAAGACGGAGGAGGACAAGUACAGCGCCGUGAUGCGCGACGCCGAGAGGGAGCGCGGCCGAGAGAGCCCCCGGGAGAGGGGACGCGACAGCCCCAGCGGGGGGAGCAGAGAGGGGAAGUACAUCCCUCUGCCCCAGCGGGCGCGUGAGAUGGGUGGUUCUGGGGGAGGUCUGCGUGGCGAUAGGGUCAGCGAGCGCUCUGAGCGAGGAGGCCGCGGCGGGUACCACCCCAGUCGCUCCACGCCCCCGAGCUCGUCUCCACGGCCGCCGUUGCCCCCGGCGACCACCGGCGGCACGCCCUCGGAGCGCGGCAGCCCCCUCCCGGGCAGGGGGGGCUACACCCCCAGCAGCCCGCCCUCCUCCCACUCACACACACACGCCGCCGCGGUCCCGCACUCACACUCCCUCCCACACGCGCUGUCCGACGCAGGGAGGCCAGUCAACGGAGUCCCGUCAAGAACCUCCCCAAAGUCCCAGAGACCCCACCAGCCCAACCGACCAGUGCGCCCCUCCAACACACACCCCCCCACAGUGUCCCGUUCCCCCAAGUCGGACACGCCUUCCCAGGACCCCUCUGCUCCUUAUGUGGACAGCUCGCCCGUUUCCAUGGCGAAGCAGAAGCCCUCUGGCCCCACCCCUCUGUUCCCUGUAGAUGUGAAUGAGAUCAGUAAAGAGCGAGCCGCCGCCGCCGCAGCAGCAGCAGCAGAGGCUGCCGCCAGCCCCGAUGAUGGCAAGAGCAGCAAAGCUCCCUCAGCACAGCAGCGCUCUCAAAUUGAAGAGCUCCGCAAGUUCGGCAAAGAGUUCAGGCUCCAGCCCAGCCCAGGCGCCCCCAGCUCUCCCGGCGCGGCCGCCGCCCCUGCUGCUUCUGCCACCGGCCCCUCCGAGGCCGCCCAGCCUGGCGCGGCGGGGUCUGCGAAGGCCCCCUCGGCCGCGGACGCCCCGAGCGCUGCAGCGGCGGACGGCAAGCCCAGCUUGGCCCAGAGCCCCCCGGGCCAGCCGCCCGCGCCCGCCUCGCCUGCCGAGGAGCCGGGGCCCCCCAAGGACAAGGAGGCCGCCGCCACGCCUGCCGCCAGUCUGCCCGUUUCAGACAGGCAGUCGCCGGCCACCCUGCAGCCCGCGAGGACCCCUGGGCCCGAGGAGAGCAGGCCAGAGACGGCUACCGAGGCAGUCAUUGAUCAGGUGAAGAGAUCUACGCUGAACCCCAACGCCAAAGAGUUCAACCCCAACAAGCCUCCUGUUGCUCUGUCGAAGCCCACCUCUGCCCCCACGCCCCCCCGUCCGACCCCCCCCAGCCCGUCGGUGUUGCUGCAGCAGCACCCAGGUGGCCAGGGCCCCAUGUACAGCGCCUCCUACCUACCUUACAACCUGCAGCUCCACCCCGUACAGGCUCAGCAGAUGUACCAGUACCCCAUGCAGGCAGUUAACCAGGGCAAAUAUCCUCGGGCCAAAGGUUCAGUGGUGCCCCAGAGGUCUGACCACAGCUCGUCGGCGCCCCCUAUGCUCCAGGCUGCAUCUGCGGCAGGAGCACCACUGGUGGCCUCCCCGUACCCCCAGUCCUACCUGCAGUACAACCCCCCGCAGUACGGCCAGCAGCAGGUCAUCCAGGCCAUGGGCCCCUACCCCGGACAGCCCAUGUACUCCAUGCUGCAGGGAGGUGCGCGGAUGCUGGGCUCUGGUGGGGGCCACCCCCAGGCUCUCGGCCCUCCUGCUGGACCCCAGUUCCCUGGGCAGGGCGAGGGCCCACAGGGACCGCAGCAGGGCAUCUACGCAGCUCAGUCGUUCUCUCAUCACUCGGGCCCAGUUCAUCCUCCUCAGCCCUCUAGCACUCCCACUGGCAGCCAACCCCCUCCCCAGCACACAGCGCCCAGCCCUGGACAGAGGGGCCCCCAGCCCCAGUCCCUGUACCCUCUGGGCUCUGUCUCCCCCCACCCUCCUAGCCUGCCCCAGGCCACAGCUCCCCAGGCAUCCUACCCCCUGCAGGGCUACAGCCUCCACGGCCACCAGGGCAUCCCCCACACCUACACCUCCCUGGGACAGAUCGCUCAGGCUCAUGUCCAAGGCCCCAUGUCUGGCCCCCACCCCUCUGGGUCCCACGGCCCCCCCCAGAUGGUGAUGCUGCAUGCUCCUCCCCAGGCAGGCCCUGGCUCCGCCCAGCACCCUCAGCACGGCCCCCAGCAGGGCCCGCCGCAGCACUUCACAUAUAUCCACCCCCAGGCUGUUCAGGUCCAGCACCAAACCCAGCAACAUACCUUCCAUCCCCCUGGCAACUGAGUUCCUUCUCCACGGAGACGACUCUUUGACUCCUCCCUCCCCAUAGGCCACGCCCACCCACAAGAAGACUUGGACCAAUCAGGGGACGGGGGCAGAGUUAGGGGAUGAGCCUUGUUUUCCUCGUGUGUGUGUCCCAUAUCCAUAUCCAGUUCCCCCCCACCCCCCACCCCUUCACUCUGUCAUACACUACAGACUGAUGUGAACCCCACCCCUCACCCCCAGCCCAAAAUGGAACAUGGAGGAAUUUCAGUAGGUGCCCCGAAUCCCUUGCUGUGCCCCCCCUCCCUCCCUCCCUCCCCUAUUCUAUGCCAUGCCCACCCCCUCUCCCCACCCCCUUCGUUUUUAGGAGAAAUAUGCUGUCGCCUCGGCGGAGGAGAUGCAGAUCACGCUGACGAGGGUCUUGAAGUUCUACUGCCCCCUUGUGA